AUGCCGCAGUUCAGCGACAUCUGGCUACCAUGCCUGAUUCUGCUUGUCUUUUGGGCUCGCCCCACCGCAGCUUUUGGUGCGGGCAACAUCGCAAGCUUGAGCUCCAUUGAGGGACAGAACUGGCGCCAUGGAGACAUUGAAGAUACUCUUCUUACGCUGCUCAUCAGCGGUCAUACUGGCAAGAAAUUCAGCAAGAUGGACGUCAAGCGUGUCUACUUUGGCAACUGGCUGCGCGACUACUCGCAAGCAGUCGAUGUGGGCACUGUCAAGAUGGUCUCAGCAGAGGCAAUUCGCAUCCUAUUAUGGGUUCUUGGCUUCAUGAGCUUCGGAUACGGCACCAAGGAGUUCGAGGUCACCCGCGACCGUCUUGGCUGCUACAGACCAGAGGAGCACAUCGACAAUCCCAAGGACUAUGCUGACAAUAUCGAUGCCCGCGACUACGAUCGGCGUCUACGAGCUCCUGUUGACGAACGCCGUGAGCUCAGUAUCGAUGAGAAGACCGGACUGAAGAACUACAUUGCCUCGGAAGGUCUGGGCAUCACAACAUCGGCUGGCAUGGUCCGCGACCUCCUCAAACGUUGCAUUGAUUUGGGUCAACGCUCUGGAGGACGAGGUCCCGACUUUUACGAGGCUCUGCGCCUUCUCGGUACCGCCACACACUGUCUGGAGGACUACGCUGCCCACUCCAACUACGUUGAACUUGCUUUGAUCGAGAUUGGUGUACAUGACGUUUUCCCCCAUGUAGGCCAGAAUGCUCGCUUCUACGUCGAAGAAGCCAAAAAGGAGGUCUACCCCAUCGUCACCGGUACCUUUGGUGGUGUCGAUUUCUUGCACUCUGUAUGCGGAGAGAUUACAGACAAAGCUACCCAAUCCGAGCUUCAGGAGCUUGAGGGUGCCAUCUCCAACGCUGACAGGAGCAAAAACAAGAGCAAGAUCAAGGAGCUCCUCGACAAGCUCCCAGAGGGCAUCUUUGGUGGUAAAGAUGAGGCUAGCAAAGCUGAUGAGCUAGAAAACAAUGCCAACGCUGCAGCCAUGGGCAAUAUGCGCAUCACGCCCAAGGAGCCAGAGGAAUUCACUCAACAGAUUGGAGAGCUAGUCAAGCAAAUCUACCCCAUUAUGGAGUUCCACGAUGAGAUCAUGCAGUCCAUUUCCGAAUUCAUCGAAAAGAUUCCCAUCCUGCCGGACCUGAUUGAGGAAGUCCAGAACCAAGUCACCAUUUUCGUCUUCAGUCUGCUUGCUCCCUAUAUUUUGCCCAUUCUCAACCAAGUCAAGACUGAGCUUGAAGAGGGCUCGACUGAGGUCAUUGCAAGCUCUCGCGAGAAACAGCACAUUGUCUUUAACGACGACUAUUCCACCGAUCCCACCCACAGUAUGCUUUCCAAGGAUCAUUUUUCUAACAUCCUCAAUGAGCCUGCUGGCCGAGUAGCUUCAGCCACCAUUGCCUGGGCUGUACCACAAAUUGUUCAGUGCUGGGAUGGCCAAGCAGACCCUAAUGAUACUAUUGAAACCAUCAUUAAAGGUGUAUUCCACCAUCCUGCCUGUGUCAGAGCGGAUAACAGGCCAGAGGUUACCCAAGGCCGUCACGUCAUGUACAAGACUGUCGAAGACUGGUGGUCAUCAAAAAGUGAAAAAGCAAAGGAUGAGUUCCGCGAGCAGCUCAGCCGCAAGGGGGUACGAAAUGGCAAGAACCACAACCCAAAUCUUCACGACAAGGGGCACGGCUGCGGUAAGCCUCUGGGUAUGGCCAAUAACUUCGGCCCAGCAAGCAGUAAGACGGGUACCAAUGCACAGAUUCAACAAGCGUCCGAUCAUGUGGGCAAACUUGCAGGUGAAGCUGUUGGCGGUGGUGCCCUCGGCGGUCUUGUUGGGGGACUCGUUGGUGGUAUUGGAGGCUCUAUUCUCGGAAACGCUUUCAAUGAGCAGGAGAGGAAGAGCCACAAAGAAGAGGGUUAUGGCAACGACGGCUCCUACACUCAGUCUUACUCAGAGACGGGGCACCACCAGGCGUCCUCAUAUGGUGACAGCGAUCGCUACGGAAGUGCACAGUAUCAACAGACCCAGUACCCAGGUGGUGGGCGUCGGGAAGAGUACUCUCGUGAGGAACGAGAUGACCGUGGCGGAUCGUACAGCUACCAGCAAAGGGUUGAGACCUCAAGCUAUAGUGGAUCUGGCGGAUACGAGCGUCAUGAAGAGCGUCGUGUUCAGCAAGGAAGUGAAUGGCGUUCUGAAGAAUCGCGUGAGGGUUUCGACCGAUCAGGACAAUACUACUCGGAAGAGAGAGAUCGUUCUGGAGACUCGGAUGACGAUGCUGACAAGCGUCGAUCAGGUUCGGGAGAAUACAAGCGUCACUCCCGCUCUCGUUCUCGUGAGCACGAGCGCCGCCGUGAAAAGAGCGGCAGUCGCUCGCCCAAGCGUUAUUCGGGCGGUCACAGCCAGGAACAGCGCUAUGGUGAGGAAUCAGGGUACGGUCGCCGACAGCAAGACUACGGCCGUGAAGAGUCAUACAGGUAUGAAGAUCUAGGAUAUGGCAUUGACCCUAGAAACAAUGGCCAUGAGCAGUCUCAGAACAUUGCUGACUCUUACAGUUCCAGCGGAUACGGUCGUCAAGAAGAAUCAGGCUACGGUCGUCAGGAAGAGUCGGGCUACGGUCGACGAGAAGAGUCGGGCUAUGGCCGUGAGGAGUCUUCUCGCUAUGGCAAUGAGUCUUCUGGGGGAUAUGGCCGUUCCGAAGGCCUUGAGUACGGUGGCGAGCGCCCCGAGAGAUCAUAUGGCGCUUCCGGCGUGCCUGGAGGCUUCGGUGGAGAUGAGGAUGAAUAUGGUCAGAGGAGACAAGAGUAUGGCUCAGGCAGGUCUGGUGGUCAAUAUGGUGGCUCCGGCGGAUAUGGGGAUGAGGGUUAUGGAAGGCGAUACUAA